AUGUUUUCCCCCGAUGCAGACAGUGAGACCACUGCGGAAGGAACAGCGGCCAGUAGACCGAACGAUGAGGAGGAUGAGGGGGAAGAGGAGGAAUCACCGGUUAACAUUGAAGUCCCAGAGGAGCAACACCCCGUCAAGCAGUCCCUGGGCGCGUGCGUGUGCCGGGAGUCCCACUGGCGCUGCCUGCUGCUCUCCCUGCUCAUGUACGGCUGCCUGGGCGCUGUGGCCUGGUGCCAGCUGGCCCGCAUCACCAAGAUCAGCUUCAACUCGGCGCUCACCUCCUCCUUCGCCUCCCCCAUCACCUCCUCUCUGCGGGGAGGAGGAGGAGGGGGGCACUCCAUGAUCUACCACGACAGCCCCUGCGCUGACGGCUACCUCUACAUCCCCCUGGCCUUCCUCGGCAUGCUGUACGUGGUGUACCUGCUGGAGUGCUGGCACUGCCGCGCCCGCAGCGACCUGCAGUCGCGGGCCGACGUGGACGGCGUGUACGAGCGCGUGCUGCGGAUGCGGGCGGCGCGGCCCUGCGUCUGGUGGAAGGCCAUCAGCUACCACUUUGUGCGGCGCACGCGGCAGGUGACGCGCUACCGCAACGGCGACGCCUACACCACCACGCAGGUGUACCACGAGCGUGUCAACACGCACGUGGCCGAGGGCGAGUUCGACUACGGCCGCUGCGGCAUGCGGGACGUGUCGUGCGACCUGCGCGGCCUGGAGCGCCACCCCGCCACCCGCCUGCGCUUCACCAAGUGCUUCAGCUUCGCCGGCGCCGGGCCCGAGAACUCCUACCUCAACCAGCGCUCCCGCUUCUUCUCGGAGAUCGAGGGCAUGGACGACUACAUGGAGGCCCGCGAGGGCAUGCAGCUGAAGAACGUGGACUUUAAGGAGCACCUGAUCGCCUACCUGGACCCCGAGCGCCCGCCCUGGUACACCUCCCAGCUGGCCUUCUGGCUCGCCGCCCUGCUGAUGCUGUCCUGGCCGCUGAGGGUGCUGAUGGAGUACCGGACCACCUACGUCCACUACCGCAUCGAGAAGCUGUUCGGCCUGGAGUACAGCUACAGCAGCCCCUCCCCCGACGACGAGGACGUCCCGGCCCGGCCCGGGGGCGCCGGCUGCGGCAUCCCCCGCGUGGACACCUGCGACAGCACGGAGCUGGAGUGGCACAUCCGCUCCAACCACCAGAUCAUCCCCAGCUACUCCGAGGCCGUGCUGUUCGACCCCGAGGCCGCUGACCCCGGGGCGCCGUGCGGGGCAGGCGACACCCCCGUCGGGGACCCCGACGACGACACGCCCUCCGCCAACCGCCACCUGCUGGACGGCGCGGGCCGGCAGCGCGCCGCCGCCGCCGCCCCGGGGGGCUACGGCGCCCUGCUGAGCGCGGAGGACUGGGAGCGCUGCUCCCAGCGGCAGAGCCGGCACGGGGGGGCGGGCGAGGCGGGGGGGCGGCGGCGGACCCUCACCAGCUCCAGCUGCUCCUCCCUCUUCUCGUGCCGCGGGGGCCUGCUGCACUCGCGCCUCUCGCUGGACACGUCGCGCUUCUCGCUGUGCCGCAUGUACGGCUCGCGCCGCACGGUGGGGCUGUGGCGGAGCCGCAGCAGCACGCUGACCGACCGCUGCUGCGCCGACCGCCGCUGCUGCCGCUCUGACUCCAGCCGGCUGGCGCUCAACGAGAGCCCGCCCACGUACCGGGACGCACGCUUCUUCCCCGUGCUCAUCGUGCACCGGCAGGAGGGCCGCGGCGGCGAGGAAGACCGCGACGUGCGGCGCUACUUUGUGCGGCGCGGCUCCUGCUGCGUGGAGACCUCGCUGUGA